AUUGAUUUUGCCUAGCUUAAUAUAGCCAUCAAUAGAACGUCCUUCAGAACAUAAAAGAGGACAUCAAACAUCAAAACAGGACUAUAAUUCUCAUGUCUGAGGAAAAUCCACCGGAAAUAUUAAGCAUGCGCGGCGGAAUUCUCGUCAUGAAAGGAGUCUCACGUUUUCUUAGCGCCACCAGAAGCAGAAGCUUCAUUGAAACUCCACCAAAACCAAAAGUGAAAAAAAAAAUGCCGGAAAAAGAAAAUACCUUCAAAUGUUCACUAAAAACGAUAGAAAUAAUGAAAAAAGAAACAUCCUUUUCGAGAUCUGAAAUAGAAACAUUAUACAAGAUUUUCAAGAAACUUGUUGUGCUCAAUAGAAGAAAAUCACAGCAGGGUAAAAUGAAUUCUACUCAAACUGCAGCGGUUAUUGGAAAACCUAAUGCUGUUCAAGAGGGUAUAGACCGCACUAUCUUCAGGGAAAUACUACACAAUACCUUCGACAUUGUUACUGAAAAUAUGCUAAUGGACAGAAUUUUUUGCGUAUGGGAUAAAUGCAAUAAUAAUCUUAUAAGUUUGGAAUCAUGGUUUAAAGGUCUAGAUCUUUUUCUGAGAGGAUCAUUAGAUGCACAGAUAGAAUUUUGCUUUGCAGUUUACGAUAUAAAUGCUGACGGUUUUAUAACAAAGGAGGAAAUGUUUCAGUUAUUGAAGAAUAGUCUAAUAAAACAUCCACAAGAGGAGGACCCAGAGGAAAGCGUGAAAGAUCUGGUGGAUAUAGUAAUGAAAAAAUUAGAUGCAGAUAAGGACGGCAAAGUUUCUUUAGAAGAUUUUAAAUCAACUAUCGCUGAAGAACCACUUUUGCUUCAAGCUUUUGGUACAUGUUUGCCAUCCGAUAGAGCAAAAGAGACAUUUUUAUCUACCAUGAAAUGAAUUGUGAAUAAUUUUUAUUAUAAUGGAAUUAAACGAU